GCAUUGACAUGAAAAUCAAGAUACCAAAAAAAGAAAAAAAUUAAAAACUAAAAUGGCACAGACAAUCAUCACAAACCAUAUUGUAAAACCAUCAUCUCCAACUCCACUCGCUUCCAAAAUCCACAAACUCUCAUUUAUUGAUCAAAUGCAAUCACCAGAAUACAUUCCCUUCAUUUUCUUAUAUGAAAACAAUCGAUCUACGUCGAAACAAGAAAUCUCGAAACGUCUGAGACAGUCUUUGUCGGAGACCCUAACCAUCUUCUACCCCAUUGCAGGCACAGUUGUACAAAACUCGCACGUUGAUUGCGACGACACGGGCGCGGAGUUUGUCGAAGCCCGGGUUCACGCUCCCCUCUCACACUUCACACAAAACCCUAAUUUUGAGGAAUUGGUGAAGCAGUUGUUCCCCACGGCGGACGGGACCGAAACCCGAAACCUGUCUGUGAAGAUCAGUUUCUUCGAGUGUGGAGGAUUCGCCGUUGGCUUGUUUCUGUCACAUAAGCUAGUGGAUGGGUCGUCUGCAGCGGCGUUCGUCCGCGCGUGGGGGAAGACCUGCUGCAGGGAAGCUUCUGGAAUCAUCCACCGGUCCCGUGGGCAGACACACUUAAGUGUCCACCCCUCCUUCGACAUGGCGCUCCAUUUCCCGCCCUCGCACUCGCCUCCGCCCUCGAUGUACCUUGGAGUCCCGAGAGAGAAAAUUACAACGGGGAGGUUGGUUUUCGACAAGGAGAAGGUGGAGAUGAUCAGGAAGCUGGAAGCUUCUAGAAGCGAGGUAAAGGAUCCUACUAGGGUGGAAGCCGUCUCCGCUCUCCUAUGGCGGAGCUUCGUCGCCGCGCAUAUAAAGGCCGGGACGGGGACGGGGACGGGGACGACUUUGUUCCCCGCUGUUCAUGCGGUGAACCUGCGCCCUAGAGUUGGGCUGCCGGAUCGCACCUUCGGGAACUGCAGCUUGGGGGUACCUGUGGUUCUUUCGUUAGACGAAGACGAGGGCGAAGACGUUGUGUCGAGAUUGAGGGCAACCAUACGAGGAGUGGGCGAUGAUUUCAUGAAAGGGGUUAUGAACGAUGAAUAUAUAGUGCGAAUGCUGGAUGAAACCAUUGAUGUAUUUAAUAAGCCGGGGAGAUGUGUUUUUAGCAGUUGGAUAAGGUUCGGGUUGUACGAGGCAGAUUUCGGUUGGGGGAAGCCAGCUAGGGUUUGCACCGGCUCUCCGUACAUGAACGUAGUGGUACUCAUGGAAGCUCCGGCCGGAGACGGAAUCGAAGCGUUGAUUAAUGUCGUUGACGAUCGUUUCUUUCAAUUGCUGCAAUCCAAUUGCAACAAACUUCUUGGUGAAGAAUGAAGAUGUUAUGGCUACUUGAUCAUGUCCCAAACUCAGAAGUAUAUUGAAAUAAAGUGAAUAAGAUUUUCAUGUUUGAUUA